UAUUUCCGGUGACACUCCCCCCGAUGCUAAACGACCAGUGCUUUGACGCCUCUAAUCAAUCGGGCGUUUGUUAUACGCGUCUAAAAUGCAGACUAAUAGGCGGCGCCUACAGUGGUAUAUGUGCCCUGGGCUUAGGUGCGUGUUGUGUGGUGUCCCAGUCGUGUCAUAAACAAACCUCGGAUAAAGUGGUGUAUUUCAAGAACCCUGCUCACCCACAAGUUGAUACUAGCGCCCAGUUAUGCGAUAUGACUGUCAAUGUGAAAGACCCUGAUGUUUGUCAAGUGAGGCUAGAUUUUGUGGACUUCCAGUUAGAUCAGCCCACACUCGGCGACUGUAUUGGCGAUAAGUUUAGGGUUACGGCAUCAGGUGGUAGUCCACUGGACAUACCGGUGCUUUGUGGACUAAAUACAAAUCAGCAU